GAUGAUGUUGGCAACGACUAUGGAUAUAAUGAGUACGAUGACUUCAUUUAGUGUAAUAUUACUUUAGACAUCAAUUGCUAUUGUUUGGCUUUUAAAAGCUUUCAUUUGUAUAUACACAAACCCAGUGCUUUAUGGAUAGAAAAAGGUUAAUAAAUGACUCCAUUGGUAAGGGGCAAAACAGCGUUAAGAACAAGGAGGGGGAGGAGCGGACUCUUAAAGCAUUGUCCACAUCAAUUGGGAAGGUCUUGGACGCUUCCAGUUCAGGAUCAGGUCCCACUCUUCGUCUCUUCAUUUGUCUCUAUAGAUUUUUUAAUGGGUGGAUCUUGCAUCAUAUGCAAAGGCCACCCCAUCUUGGGUGUGGAGAAACAUUUCCUUCAUGCUCAAAGGUUACUGUGUGCUCUGUAACCCCGAGGAAAAAUGAUAGAGAAACCAAGUAUUUCUUCUCUACACGCGUGAUGUAGUGAUUGGUGAAGUGGUCUUGUUUUAAAUGGAAGACUACAUGUUACACUUCAGGCUUCAUAGCCCUCCAUGAGGUUUAUGCUUUAGACCUGAAUUUGAUAGAAAUAAUUUUUACCUAAACUGCAGCUUUGGCAGCUUAACAGGGUUUCCUGAUCUUGUAAGCUGCUGGACAAAGCUUAUGGAAGAUCACAAAUUAGCUGCGUGGCUCUAUCAUAUGUGAAUACACCGACAAAAUUCACGCUUAAUUAUUUUUUUGUUUUGAUUUUUUAAAUUAUUUUAUUGUAAUAAUUAAUAUUUUAUCUUUAUUAUUUUUUUUUAAUUAAACUUCCUUUUUCAUUAAUUCAAUUUUCCUUUUUUCUUUUUCUUUUUUCUUUGUAAUGCUUUUUAAAACUUGUGGCCUUAAAUUUGACCCCAUAGGCGGCUGUCGACAAAUACUUGUUGCACUUCAUGGCCUAUCCAUUCCUCCCAACCAAUGUUAAACAGCUUCAUUAUUUGGCCAUCUGUAGGAAUGUUCAGAAAUAGAUCUCUUAUUUGCUCAGAAAGGAAAAGUAAAAGCAAGUUUGUGUUAAGGUUUCAUUUACUAAUAAACAUGUUUGUUAUUAGUCA